AAUUGCCAACUAUUUAGGCAAGGCUAAGUACUUAAAAAGGAAGUUAUAUCCCAUAACCAUAAAAAAGCCCCCUAAUGAAAUUUCCCUUUUUUCUUUACAAAAAAGUUCACUACUAUUUCACUUUCUUCUUUGUUCUUAGCCUAAUAAAUAGCCUCUAGAAACACACCAAAAAACCAAAUCCACCCCCAACACACAUCAAAUUCUUCCAACAAGCAUCUCAUCUCAUCUCAUGUUUAUACUUAUUCCAAUAUUCAAAUCCUAAAAUGGGUCCAUCUCAAAUUCCCCAAAAAACAUUCUCCAUCCUUUUCUUAUUUCUCUCUUCAAUAUUAUUCUCCAUUAAUCUUGUUUCUUCAUCAUCUGAACAACUCACAAACUUUGUGUACAAAGGCUGUGCUAACCAAAAAUUCCCAUCUGGGUUUUACUCACAAACACUUAACACCCUUUUUGACAGCUUAGUUUCUCAAUCUUUAACCUCAAAAUUCUACAAAACCACAGCUGGUAGUGGCAGUUCAGCAAUUUCUGGUCUUUUUCAAUGCAGAGGUGAUCUUUCAAACUCUGACUGUAAUAAUUGUGUCAAGAAAAUACCAAACAUGUCCCAAAAACUAUGUGGAGAAUCUAUAGCAGCAAGAAUUCAGCUUAUUGGGUGUUACUUAAGGUACGAGGUUGCUGGGUUUCAGACAGUGGGACCCACUGAGUUGCUGUUUAAGGUUUGCGGGUCAACUCAGGCGAGUGGAACUGGGUUUAGUGAUAGGCUUGAGACUGCAUUAGGAGAAAUAAGUAAAGGGGUUUCGAGUGGGAAUGGGUUUUAUGCAGGUGGGUAUCAGUCGGUUUAUGUGUUGGGUCAGUGUGAAGGUGAUUUAGAGAGUGGGGACUGUGUGAACUGUGUGAAAAAUGCUGUUGGGAAAGCUAAAAGUGAAUGUGGGAAUUCUAUUUCUGCUCAGAUAUAUCUGCAACAGUGCUAUAUUAGUUACACUUAUUAUCCUAAUGGUGUGCCCAGUAAAUCACUUUCUCCAUCAGGAACAAGGGAGAGUACUCAAAAGACAGUGGCUAUAGUUUUGGGUGGAAUGGUUGGUGUGGGGUUGGGAGUUGCUUGUUUGCUAGUUACAAGAUCAGCUUUCAAGAAAAAGAGUAAAUCUAAGUAUGGUGGAGGAUGAGGUCAAUUGCUAAAGGAAUGACAAAAUGGGGCAGAGAUUUUGAGGAGAUGGCUCUAGAAAAGACAAAAGUGUAAAGUUAGUUUGCAUGAUUGGGUUUAUAAACUGUAAAGAAAGAGGAGAUAGUGUGGUGAUGAAGGAAAGAAAGAUCUGCCUUUUGUGUUUUGUAUUGGCUCCAAUUUCCAGGAUUUCCUUCUUAACCAAGUUUUGAAGUACAAAGUAAAUAGUGGUGAAUUAAACAUGAAAGAGUUGUCUCUGUAAGACUAAGCACUAGGAAUUAGUUGUAUUAAUGCUUCUUUUUCUUUUGAUGGAAAUAAUAUGAUUGUACAUCCAUAUGUGAACUGCUUUAUGAAAAAAGUUAUGGAUCAACAUA